AAGCAUAGAUCUGUCCACUACUAGAUAUACGCUCGAGAAGACGAGUACUUGAUAAUCAACCUUAUCGGCUUCGCCUCACUUGGAGUGAAAUAUACAUCCCUUCCGCUCGAUUCCGAACGACUUGGACGUCCCCCCUUUGAACAUACUUUGCCGACAUGAAUUCUAGGUCGUUGCUCUCGCGAGGACGACUCCUUACACAGAGGAAUCUCAGUACCAGUAGGGUGAUCUGCGGUAGCAAGACAGACUCGUCGUCUCACGCCUCUCCUAGUGGUAUCUUCUCUAGUCUCCUUCACGGUUCCGAGCAAGCGAAAGCAGAAGGAGAAACGGAGAUUCAUCAGCAUUCCCGGUUGAUAGGAAGGAACAAGUACGUCCACGAGCUCGUAUCUCAUGCGGUCAAGCCGGACUGCAGGGAACAGUACAGGACAGCAGCCGAGGAGUACUUUGCCGGCCUGGCGAAAGAUCCUUCACUCAAGGUGAAAUUGACGGGAAGUUGGGAAACGUUGAUCGGACCGGUGGAUAAUUUCGUUCACAUUCUGGAGUACGAGAACUAUGACGGAUACGACGAUGUCAUGCGGAAGCUUCAGACUCAUCCGACCCUUCCGGGCAUCCUCAACAAGCAGAUUCUUCCAGCAGUCCAGUCCAGACAUUCCCAACUGAUGUCCGAGUUCGCUUUCUGGCCUUCGUCCCCCCCUCGUCAGAACGGAGGUAUAUACGAACUCCGGAGCUAUCAGCUGAUACCCGGUCGGCUGCUCGAAUGGGAGCAUGCGUGGAAGCGAGGGCUGGAAGCGAGAAAGAGAUUCGUCCAACCCGCGGGUGGUUGGUUUUCGCAAGUGGGCACAUUGCACGAGGUACACCAUCUCUGGCAGUAUCCCAACCUCGCCGAGAGGAAGUUGACCCGCGAACAAGCCUGGAACGUAUCCGGAUGGAGUAACACCGUUCAGGAGACAGUCAAAUUGGCGCAAUCCAUGAAGUGUUCCAUCCUGUUGCCUUGUGCGUGGUCGACUUUGAAAUGAUGGCUCAAAUCGGAGAUGCCUGGAAAGAUGCUGGGUGUAUAUCUGUGUCUGAAAUCUCUGUGAUAUGAGCAUGUAGAAUUGCGACGUGCGUACUUGAAGCCGUUGCAGGCAUUGUAAACGAAACGAUGGAUAUAUGAAUACCUU